AUGAUUGAAAAGCAAAAUGGAGAGGGGAGUGUUGAUAAUAUAAAGCUACAGGAACUGCUAGAUAUAAUAUUCAAGGAAACUCCAAUGCCCGUAGAGAAGACAAAUCAUACACCUGAAUACCCCGAAUCAUUACUCCAGCGAACGCAAAAGGCUAAUAAAUACUAUAAUUCGUUUCAAGGACUUACAAGACAGUUCGUAGACGAAGGUAACGUGCAACCAGAUGUAGUACGAUGGUCUAAUUCAGUAAUUCAAGUAACACUGAAAUCAAUAGUUGAGAAUUGGCAGACGGUUGAUGUCCAAGGAACAGCUGAAAGUACCGAGAAUGAAAACGGUGAUGAAUAUAGAACGCUAGGCCAAUCAACUGCGAAUACUUUGUUCAGUUGGUCAUCUGGAGAUUCAUACAUUGAAUCCAGAAAAAGAGAAUUACAAUUUCGUAACAGCCAACCCAACAAUACAGCGACAAACGACGGCAACGUUCAUCGUAAGAAAGACAAUUCAGAGACGAAUAAAGAAACAGACACUAAUAGCGAUAAUUUAAAGAAAAAAUUGCAUCUUGAAAUUCCAAAGGAAUCAAUUACAAAUAAGCUUAACCGUAUUGUGGACAGGGAAUCCAAUAAAUUUAUUCACAAACGAAUCCAAUUGAUAAAGGCUCAUCAUAGUGAACAAAUAUCUAAGGAAAUUCACGAAAGAAAGAGGAAGGAUCAUGAAAGGCAUCUUAAUAAGUUGAAGGAGAAAGAGGAAGAAUAUGAACGGGCGUUACAAGCAGCAACAAGUGAACAAGGUAAACAAAAUGGAUUUUUUGGAUCAUUAUUUGGUUUCAACGUUGGCUCUAAUAAUAAUUCACAUAAUAUAGAUUUGCCACCAGAGAUAGGUAAUCCAAGUCCUAGCAGAAAUACGACAUCUAGUCCUUCGGGUAAGAAUAAGAGGUUUUCAUUUUUGCCAACGACAGGCUUAUCAUUAUGGGGCAACAAUACCUCUGUGAGCAAAAAUAUAAGAAUAGAAAAGGCUACAGCUACAAAGAAAGAUGCUGAAAAUCCCGUAUCAAAUAUUCAUGGAACAUAUUCGAGCGAUAACCAAGUAGAAAUCGAAGCAAGUUCCUUACCUGAAAUCGAAGACGAAGUGAAUAUGAAUAACGAUCAGAAUGUCACACAAGAAGGGGGAAGGCAAUCCACGGAAGUAAAAAAAGAAGCCGCGAAAGAGAAAGCAAUGAAGGGAGCAGAAAACGCAAGAGAAAGUAAUGAUUCCAGUGAAGAACGGACAAAAUAUAACUUAAAAAGUAUGGGGGAAGAGGUCCAACAAAAUAAAGAAACCGUAUCGCAUAAGAGCAAAGACAGUUAUGAAAAGGAAGAAGAAGAAGAAGAAGAAGAUGACGAAGAUGAUGAGUUUGAAGAGUAUAAUUCAUCAUUGCCGAACUUUUCGAUGGUUCAAGAGCCUAUUCAACCUAUAAUAACAGGGAUCAAAAAAUCUACACAGUCUACUAGUCAUACAGGAAUUGACAACGGUAACCUAUUGGAAUUAUAA